GUUCAGCAACUUCUUCAGAAGUAUUGGGCCGUGCUCGUCCUCGGAAGUCUUCUGGCAAGGCUUCUGUACAACAAGUACGGCCAAAAUCUCAACUCUAUUCCGGGACCAUUUUUGGCUGGCCUCACUGAUAUAUGGCGGUUCUGGAAUACCUGUUUUGCGACCGCCCAUGAUACCCACAUAUGGCUGCACCGAAAGACAAACUCGCAUUUUGUGCGCCUAGGUCCUCGUACCAUUUCAGUCUCAGACACAACAUUGAUCCCAACGAUCUACGGCAUCAAAUCAGGAUUUGGCAAAAGCGACUACUUUGUACCGGCCAUGAUGCCUUUCCAGGGCAGCUUCACGCCAGGCUUGUUCGCUGCCUUGGACGAGGACUAUCAUGCACGGCUCAAGAAACCCAUCAACAGCGCCUACAGCAUGUCUACGAUGGUGGAAUUCGAGCCUUUGGUGGAUGCGACUACAGCGUUACUCAUGUCAAAGCUGGACAAUUUCGCUGCCUCUGGUACUUCGUUCGACUUCGGAGUCUGGCUGCAGAUGUACGCUUUCGACGUUUUGGGCGAAAUUCAAUUCAGCCGAAAGCUGGGUUUCUUGGAGUCUGGCAAGGAUGUCUCAGGGAUUAUGGCAGACAUUCGAGGCAAGAUUUCAUACGCCGGUUGUGUGGGACAGAUUCCAUUCCUGGACAGGGUUUUGACCAAGAAUUCUCUUUUCCUGAAAUUGGUACCAACACAUCCUAUCGUGACUUUCACACUCGACAGGAUGGAAGAACGGGCGGUGGUCAGGGCACAAGGCGGUGCACAAAAGCGCGACUUCCUGACAAGGGCCAUCGAAGCACAAGCAAAGUAUCCUGACAUAGUGACUGACAGAGCCAUCGUUCUCUACAGCGCCGACAAUGUUGCCGCUGGCAGCGAUACAACCGGGAUCGCGUUACGCUCGAUCUUCUACUAUCUGCUCAAGUCUCCAGCGUGCAUGCUGAAGCUCGUCGCAGAGAUUGAUUGGGCAGAUCGAGCAGGCCAGUUGAGCGAGUUCGUCACAUGGCAACAGUCUAACAAGCUGCCAUAUCUUCAAGCAUGCAUUAAAGAAGCGCUUCGCAUGCAUCCGCCGGUCGGAUUAUUGAUCGAAAGAUGCGUACAUGGAGGGAUCUUUUUGGGAGGCAAUUACUUCCCUGAAGGGACAAUCGUGGGAAUGAACCCUUGGGUGACGGCACGAGACAAGAGCGUGUUCGGAGCAGACGCCGACCUUUUCCGACCAGAACGAUGGCUUGAAGCAUCGCAGGAGCAGCUCAUUGCUAUGGAACGCGCAAACCUUGUGUUUGGCCAUGGGAAACGAGCCUGCAUCGGCAGAAACAUCUCCAUGCUGGAGAUAAGUAAGCUGGUACCGCAGUUGUUGAGGCACUACACCCUAUCCUUUGUGCGCCCGGAGCAGGAAUGGAAGGUACAUGGAGGAUGGUUUGUCUGGCAGACUGGAUUUGAGGCCUUUAUUAGCAAAGGGGUAUGGAAAGACGAUUCUCAGAUCUUCAGCAUCUAGUUCAAGUUCAAAUUUGCAGAUAGUCUACUUGACAUGAUGUCCAAUCAAGAC